GCGUCUCGCCCCCGAGUUCUCUGGCAGUCGAUCGCCCUGUCCGAUCACACGCCACGAGGCAACGUGUCCUAUCUUCGCCUCCUUUUCUCUACUCCAUCUCCCUCUUCCUCUUGCCCCUUCUCUGACACCCCGUCACCUCCGCCAUCGCCAUGAGCUUCGCCAUCGAGCGGGCUUUCGGUGAUCUGUUGCUGAUGCCACGGGGAGAGAUCUCAGCCAUCCGCCAAGUGCAUCAUCCAUGGAUCAGCCCCGACUUCUUGCGCCUUGCGCAGUUCUUCUGCACCUCGGGUGUGUACGGCACGGCAGAGUUCCGGUUCACGAACGAUGCCCAGGUGGUGGUGCUGGCCGAGGCAACGGCGUUCCAACGGCGAGCGGCCCCGGGUAUUAGCCACGUGUCUACCGUGGUAGUCUUUAGCGACGACAUCGCCGCCUUCGACCCGACGCUGCAAGCUGCCAUCAACAGCACCUUGUACAAGUGGGGUCGUGAUCUGGCCACUGAUUGGGAUCGACGGCUCACAAGGCACGGUGACGAGUGCUAUCCUGUUGACGACAUCGAGGUCAACACGCUGCGCACAACGCUGCGCGAGCCACUUGUCGUCCUCCCUGAGCUUGCCCCCUUCCAGCUGCAGUUCGUUGAGCUCUCGUUCUGCCUGCUACGAGUGGAUCUAAACUGGACGUGGGAAGGCGAUCGGAGGCCCGCGUCAGAAACCGUGGAGCUGAUCGUCAUUCAGGCGUGGAAAACUAACGUGGCGGGAGACCUUAUGGGAUUCGUCUUUGGAGCAGUGAAUCGGGGAUACCAAUCACAGAUCGUGCGCGAACUUAUGAUCGUGAUCGCGCGACUGGCCAACGAGCUGCCCCUCGAUAUUGUUUCUCAGAGCGACGAAGAACCCGUGCCGCAUGUCCUCUCAAAGACUCUCGCCCCGAGCCUCCAGUGGUCGGCUUGUAUCGAGGAGCGUUGGGAGGACGACCAUUUCCCAUCUCGCAACGAGUACCUGGACGUCCACAGCCUAACUAACCCCCGCUUCUUUCGGCAACCAACGACGUUCGAGUGGGCAGCGCUGAGAGCAGAGGAAGAAGCAAAAGAAGAAUUGGAAGAAGAAUUAACGAAAGAGGCCGGGGAAGUAGCAGCCCGGUUGGCCGAGGACGAGGAAGAAGAACGCGAAGCAGAAGAAGAAGCGGGGGAAGCCGAGGACGAAGAAGAAGAAGAAGCAGAGUGGGAGACUUCGGAAGAAGAAGAGGAAGCCUAUAGCGAGCACAGUGAGGGGGAGCAAAGUGAAGAGGAGGAGGACGAAGACGACGACGAGGGAGUGGAAAGCAGAGAAGACGAUCGGGAGCCAGCGCACGGCGACGAACUCGAGUGGGUGCCAAAACCGGAUCGUCGAGAGGAGAAUCCUAAGGCCGCUGCGCAACACAAGAAGGAGGUCGCGGAGGGAAAACGGCCAGUGGUCGACCCCACACCGAACGAUCCUUCCAAGGAUCCCGAGCCGCCCAAGCCGGAACAUGGGGACCUUGCUGCCACGACCUCGAGCGCCGUGAUGACAAGGCGCGGACCCCGAUCCCGAUCCUCAUCCCCCUCUGCCUCCGCCCGUCCCCAAUUCGUCAACGUGUCGAUGAGGGGCUUCGCCCUUCGUCCCCGAUCCAUAUACCAGCGUCCACUUAGCCAUCUCUCUUUCAAUUAGUACCUUCAUCGCGUCGUCUUCCCCCGUAAUCCCUUCCCCAUCGCCACCUUCCAACAUUUCUACUCCGCCCGCCUAGAGCUG